UUCCGGAUAGCUGUCGGGAAGAUACCGGAAAACAAAUAUCAGUGUCAAUGUUUGGUUCAGCACCCUGCAUACUGGAUACAAGACACGAAUUUCAUUCAAUCUCAGUAGGAGGAGGGCUGUUUAUUGUAGGCGUGGCAAGGGGAGUGGCCGACCUUCAUGCUGAGAGGUCACGGAGGAGGAGCCCCAUGGAUGAGGGUCAGUGUGAGAGGGCGGGACCAGUGGUGUCAGAGGGUCAGGAGGGCGGGGUCGACCUCCACUACAACCAAUCAGACCCCUCGGAACCAAUUCAGGUCUCCGCCCACCAAAACCAGAACUUGACACAGACUCAACUAGAUGAUGGUCAAAGGGUUGGAUGUGACUCCAUCGAACACGACUCUUUAAACGGCAAUAGGGAUGAAGAGGAGGAGGAAGAUGAUGAUGUGAUAGUGGAAGAAGAGAAGGACAGCGUGACAGCACCUGACACUCCUAUGACUGACUCCUCCUUCUCAGACACAGGCAGUUUGGUAGAGCUCCACCCCUCUGUGUCUCCAGAGACUACAUGUCCCAUCAGCCCCGUAGCAGGUAGUCCAGACGAACCCUCCUACAGUAACCCUGAAGGGAAGACACACACCUCCACCACAGAACCUACCACCUCCACCACAGAACCUACCACCUCCACCACAGAACCUACCACCUCCACCACAGAACCAACCACCUCCACCACAGAACCAACCACCUCCAUCACAGAGCCUACAGGACCCACCUCCACCACAGAACCUACCACCUCCACCACAGAGCCUAGCACUACCCUCCUAGCCUCCCUACAGGAGCUAGGGGAACGUAAAGAUCACUCCCACCUUCCUCAGUCCCUCCAUCAGGUGUGUGCCCGUCCCUCUCCAUUCUAUAUAUUGUAUUUCUACCUGCCUGCGCUGUUCUCAAGUAAACAUUAAUCUGGCAGCCUGGUGUAGGUGUGAUUCCC